AUGAUAGAAAAGUGGUCCGCUCUUUCCAAGCAGAUUGGAGGCGACGUAUUGACCAUGAAUAACAAGGUUACCCAUGUAUUUGAUCUGCUGCGGAAUUUUUUGUGGACAGCAGCAGGUCGUACGGAACCUUCCCAGGACGAAGUACAAAAACUUGUUGCUCCUAUGGUUAGUGCUCUUUCCGACAUCACUUCGUUCAAGGAUUCAAAGCGCAACACACCUCAUUUCAAUCAUCUCUGUGCGGUUGCCGAGGGAAUUCCUGCCGUGGGUUGGGUUCUUGUGAAGAAAACGCCCGCUCCUUACGUGAAGGAAAUGCUGGAAGCUGCUAUGUUCUACGUAAAUCGCAUUUUGAAGGAGUACAAAGAUGGCGAUCAAAAACAUGUGGAAUGGGCUAGGACUUGGAAGGAGUUGUUGGAAACUAUGCAGACAUUUGUUCGACAGUAUCAUACAACUGGUCUCGUAUGGAAUAGUGCUCCUGGAUGUGGAGCACCACACUCUGACACCCGUACCGCAGCUGUGGGUGGUCAUCCUUCUCCCGCAGCUGGUAGUUCUGCUCCACCACCACCGCCGCCACCACCUCCUCCAUCCUUUUUCAAGGAUACAUCCUCCCCAUCGCCUGCCCCAGCUGAUAGCAAAGCUAGUAGAGAUGCUCUAUUUGCCGAACUUAAUAAGGGUGAAGCCAUUACCGCAGGGCUUCGAAAAGUGACGGCUGACAUGCAGACGCAUAAGAAUCCUGCUCUACGUGGUCAUGAACCUGCAGUCGUACAUCAUCCGCACCCUCAGCAGAAGCAGGUUGCCAUGUCUGCCCCGGUACAUCAUCCACCAGUUAUUGAACUGAAAGAUGGCAAGAAAUGGGAUGUCGAGUAUGUUGUUGGCAAUCCAAACGUGGUCAUAAAUGCUACCGACAAGAAACAGAGCAUUUAUAUCUACAAAUGUCAAGACUCUGUCAUCGUCGUGAAAGGGAAAGUGAACUCUAUCACGCUUGACAGUUGUAAGAAAACUUCCAUAGUGUUUGAUGCCAUUGUGGCUCAGUGUGAAGCGAUUAACUGUCAAAGCAUUCAGCUUCAAAGCCUUGGCGAAAUGCCUACACUUUCCAUACAGAAGACCGAUGGAUGUCAAGUGUAUCUCAGCGAAGCGUCGAAAUCUGCAGAGAUCGUGACCAGCAAGUCUAGCGAAAUGAAUUUGCUCAUUCCUGGUGCAGAUGGCGAUUUUGAGGAGUUUCCUGUUCCCGAGCAGUUCAAGACCACAUUUGAUGGGAAGAAACUCGUCACAUGCGUGUCCGAUAUUGUCUAA